ACGAUGCAGAAAACCAGAAAAAUCAAGGUAUUUACGAGGAUUAAGCAAAAAAAUAAUGGAAGCGAUACAGCACCGAAUGGUUGAGGUGAAUGGCAUAAACAUUCACAUAGCUGAAAAAGGUAAAGGUCCGGUCAUCCUUUUCCUCCAUGGCUUCCCUGAGCUUUGGUACUCAUGGCGUCACCAAAUCCUCGCUUUAUCUAACAUGGGUUACCGAACCGUUGCUCCCGAUUUGAGAGGUUACGGCGACUCGGAUAUUCCAGAGUCAGUCGACAGUUACACUUGUUUCCACAUAGUCGGCGAUCUAGUGGAGUUGAUAGACGUGCUGGAUCCGCAUGAACGGAAGGUGUUCGUGGUAGGGCAUGACUGGGGAGCCAUACUAGCAUGGUUUUUGUGUCUGUUUAGGCCUGAUAAAGUGAAAGCAUUGGUGAAUUUAAGUGUGCCGUUUUUGAGGUUUGAUCGGAAUAUCAAGCCUGUUGAACUUUGGAGAGCUUAUUAUGGCAGUGAUCAUUACAUCUCUAGAUUUCAGGAAUAUGGAGAAAUAGAAGGUGAAUUUGCAUGGGUUAGUACGGAUAGAGUCGAGAAGGAAUUUCUUACUGAUUUUCCGGUGCUGUUACCAAAAGGGAAACUAUUUAAACGUCCAUUGGAUGAACCAAUUACAUUGCCUAGUUGGUUAUCUGAGGAAGAAGCCAAUUACUACGUCACCCAAUUCCAGAAAACGGGCUUCACUGGUCCACUCAACUUCUACAGAAAUUUAGACAGAAACUGGGAACUAUUGAAACCAUGGGUGGGUUGUAAGAUCGAAACACCAGCCAAGUUCUUGAUGGGGGAUAAGGAUCUGGUUUACCAUGUGCCUGGUAUGAAGGAUUACAUUCACAACGGUGGGUUCCAAGAAGAUGUGCCAGGUUUGAAGGAAGUGGUGGUGCUGGAAGGUGUUGACCAUUUCAUCAGCAUGGAGAAACCAAGCGAGGUCAACCAAUACAUUCUCGACUUUUUUAGCCAGUUUCAUUGAACCCAAAAAGAAAGAGCCCUCCGCAGUGUAAUAAAAACACCUUGGCUAUGAUCCAAGUGAAUAAGUGUACGAUUGAUCUCUCACUAUUAUAAUAAAAUGAGAAAUAUUAAAAAAUAAUUAUAUAAGAUUAAAA